GUAUAUUUGUCUAGCAUAUGCUGUAAAGGAAUUAUUAUCUUCAAGGCUGAAGCGAAUGGUCACUUAUAUUAGAUUUUAUAAUGCCACUUUUAAACUUAUAUAUUGUGUAAUAAGUUAUAAUAUUGUCGAUGAUUGAUUAAGCGAUAUAUACGCGUUAGUUUAUUUAUUAGAAGUAUAAAACUACACUGAAGAAAAGUUUUUGAAAAAAGUUUGGCAAUUUAUAUUUAAAACGUUUAUGUUUAAAUCGUCUGUAAAUUAAAUGAAUUCUGGUAGUAUUUGUUUUAAAUGUAUAUAAUAAAUGUAAACUACCAUUGGUUGUUCUGCAAAUGAAUAUUUUUACAUUUUGGUACAUAAUUUUAACAGUUUGUGACAUGUAAUUUGCAUUGGUAAUGGUAUCAUACAAAAAAGAUCAAUCAUUGAAAUUGCUUCGGCUAAAUAUCUGUUGUGAAUUAUGGUAUGUCAAAAAAAAUUCGUUUUAAAAAAGGGACAUGUAUUUUUAGAGAAAUGAAUAAUUUAACUAAAUACCAUAAAGCUAAAUACCAUACAAAAGAGCAUUCAAUCAUAGAAUUUAACAACUAAAUACAAUACAUAAAGCUAAAUACCAUACAAAAGAGCAUUCAAUCAUAGAAUUUGCUCAGGCAAAAUAUCAGUUGUUUUAUGGAAUAUCAAAGAAAAUCCGUUUUAAAAAAGAGACUAAAAAGUAAACUAAAAGCUUUACUAACUAUUGUUUGCGUAAUUGUCUUCCUUUAUAUGGAAAUAUGCAUGAAAAACGUUAAUACAACCGAUAAUCAAACAUCUUUAAUACCAAUUAUAUUAAACUACAGCGAUCCAUUUCAAUAUUCGCACAAUUACACAACACAGCAAGUUAGAAAUUUAAAAAUAGUAAUUCCAUUCCAUAUUAAAAAAAUCAAAAGUGUGUUUGAUAACAUAAGCAAAUGGAAAAUAUUUCGACCAUGUGAUCAAACGAAUUCAAGCAGUAAUAACGUAGAACUAAUUUUUUACGUAGGCUAUUUCAAUGAAGGCCAUCGCAUCAUGAAAAAAAUAAGUUUAAUUUCAAACCAAACUUUGGAAUGCUUUGCUAAUAAAUAUGUGGUUUUUUAUAAAUACAAUAACAUAGACGAUUAUCUGAAUGCAAAAAGUUCAAGGUUAAUGUUUGAAUCAAUGCUUAACAAAAGUAACGAACAUUUUAAUCAUCUAGGAUUUGUGUUUUACAUGGAACCAGACGUGCGACCAAUCAAAUCCAACUGGCUAAAUGCUCUUUUCAGUGAAAUAGGCAAUGGAAAUUUCUGGGUCAAGGGCUCUACCUUCCGAGGUGACAUAAAACAAUUUAUGAAAAAUGAUUUAUAUGCUCCUGACUACUUUCACAUAAAUUGCAACGCUCUUUACAACAUAGGAAGUGAUAAUUUUAGGCAUUUCUAUUUUAAAAUAUUGCGUCCUUAUGUGGUUAAAAUGAACGGCAACAGUAAAAAUGCAUACGACACAAACUUUUUUGAGUUUUUUUUUGACAGAAACAACUACCAAACAAUGCGUGACGUCAUCCACCAGUUCCGUCUAUCCGAUUUUAUACAAAACUACUGGAAAACCAAAUAUAAAGUAGAUGAACUUUCGAAAAAAUAUGCAAACACUUAUUUUGUACACGGUGGUUUUCCGAGCUACUAGGAGCAUUUUCAGUUUGUUUUAGUUUUUGGAUUUAUAAAAACUAUUUGCUA